AUGGCAACAAUUUUCUACUCUCUGGUGGUGAUUCUCCUUCUGAGUUUCAUCAGCACAAUAAGCCAGUAUAACAGUUCCCGGGCAGUGCUAGAUAAGCCAGAAUGGAGAGUGGUUAUUUAUAAUAACUGCAACAAAUGUAGCAUGCGGAAUCUGACAAUGACCUGUGCUGGGUUUCAAUCUGCACCAGCAGUUGACCCAGCACUGGUGUUAAAAUCUGGCGACACAUGCCUUAUUAACGGUGGUAGGCCUAUUUUACGCUCAUCUUCAUUCACCUUCUAUUAUGUAUGGGACACUACUUUUGAAUGGGAACCAGUUUCGGGCUCUGUUGAAUGCUCUUAG